UUAAGAAUGACAAGUGAAGUCUGAAAACGAGCAAAACCAGUAGGAAGCAUAGGAAAACUGGAGUAGCAAGCAAAAGCAGAAUAAAUAACCAACAAAAGAAUACACACAACUACGCGAGGCUUUCUUCUUUCCUUCCUUCCUUCUUAACUGAAAACUUGCUCUAAUGGUUUUCUGUGCUGCCUCUGCUUCUGGGUUUUAGAGAAAAAAAGAGAGAGAGAAAGAGAAAGAGAGAUGCAGAAGCGUAGGUAUAGAACCUUUUUCCUGCUGCGAAUGGUGUUAACGUGUUCCAUAUGUGUAAUAGCUCUAGUGGCUCUGCUCUCUGUACAUGUUCUUCCUUCCUCAAAUGUCCCGUCGCUUUCCGAAUCUUACAAGCUCCCAACGCAACGUGAAAUUGGACGCAAGAGGUGGGUCAGUGAACUAAGCUGGAUGCAAGAGUUCUCUCCGCCCCAAUGGUCCAAAGUGCCGCCGCCUUUGCAUAAGUUGGAUGGUGCAAGGGAAAUUUUGGAUUCUGAGAAGUUGUGGAAGCAACCACGUAAUCGUGAUUUUGUUCCCUGUGUUGAACCUAGUUCAUCCUAUUCAUCUCCUCCAGAGACCCGGGGUUACCUGCUCGUUCACACUAAUGGUGGCCUCAAUCAGAUGCGGGCUGGGAUUUGUGAUAUGGUAGCUGUGGCCCGUGUCAUAAAUGCUACCCUAGUAAUUCCAGAACUUGAUAAACGUUCAUUUUGGCAAGAUUCUAGCAACUUUUCUGAUGUCUUUGAUGAGGAUCAUUUUAUAAGUGCUCUGGCCAAUGAUAUUAAAGUUAUUAAAAAACUUCCGAAGGAACUGGCAACUGCUACCAAAGCAGUGAAGCAUUUUAGGAGCUGGUCUGGUUUAGAUUACUACGAAGAUGAGAUAGCUAGCAUGUGGGAAGAAUAUCAGGUUAUCCGAGCUGCUAAAUCUGAUUCUCGCCUAGCAAAUAAUAACUUGCCUCCAGACAUUCAGAAGCUGCGUUGCCGUGCUUGUUAUGAGGCCCUUCGCUUUGCCCCUCGUAUAGAGGCAAUGGGAAAAUUGUUGAUGGAACGCAUGAGGUCCUAUGGUCCUUACGUUGCAUUACAUUUACGUUAUGAGAAGGACAUGCUAGCCUUCAGUGGAUGCACACAUGGUCUGUCCCCAGCUGAAGCAGAUGAACUAACUACAAUCAGAGAGAACACUGCAUAUUGGAAGGAAAAGGAGAUUGAUUCCGAGGAACAGAGGGCCAAGGGAUACUGUCCUUUAACUCCAAAAGAGGUUGGGAUGUUCCUUUCUGCCCUCGGAUACCCAUCAACCACACCAAUUUACAUUGCUGCAGGAGAAAUAUAUGGUGGGGAUUCUCGGAUGGCUGAUCUUCAAUCUCGCUUUCCACUAUUAAUGAGAAAGGAAAAAUUGGCGUCUCCUGAUGAGCUUGAACCUUUUAUGAAUCACGCAUCCCAAAUGGCUGCUCUUGACUACAUUGUUUCAGUCGAGAGUGACAUUUUUAUUCCUUCUUACUCUGGGAAUAUGGCACGGGCAGUUGAAGGUCACCGUCGGUUUUUGGGGCACCGGAAGACAAUUUCUCCAGACAGGAAGGCACUCGUUCAUCUGUUUGAUAAACUGGAGUCACUAAAAGAAGGCAAAGGCUUAUCUGAUAAAAUAAUUGAAAUCCAUAAAAGAAGGCAAGGGUCCCCGCGUAAGAGGAAAGGCCCCAUCUCAGGAACAAAGGGCAGAGAAAGGUUUCGAUCAGAAGAACCAUUUUAUGUGAAUCCAUUACCAGAUUGUUUAUGUCAAAAGGGACAAAACAACACAAAUACUUCAUAAAUCAACCGGUAGAUUAGAUACAUCAACUGAAUUACUUCAUGAAGUGCAUAUCAAUUCCCUUUUUCAUCAAAAGCUCUUGGAGCUGGUCGUACCAUUUUAGACGUGCCACUGCAGAAUGUUUAUAUCCUGAGUCUAUGCUAUCUGAGGAUGGAAAUCCGAGUGUACAUGAAGAUGAUGGAGCAAACUGAGGAGAGGAGCUGCUUGAGACAAGGCUGCCUCAUACUAUAUUGUAUUUAUCUGUGUAAUCUUGUGUCCAUUUAGUUGGAAAGGUUGGCCUGGUCUUGAAAAAGAGAAAGGGGUGGGGAUUUAUUUGUUACACAGUUGGUGUUGGAAACGACUGACUGCCGUUUCUUGUAUCUAUUCUAUUGGUUGUUACAAAGAGCAAUAAAAAAAAAAGGAAGAAGCAAAGAAC